CAUUAUCGCUAUUCCCCACCUCCACUAAUGGACGUGUUGGCCCCUCCCCCCUGCUACCGCCGCUACUCUAGAGGUCAGGCACCUCACACCACCGACCUCCUCCCCGCCUACUCCCGCCGCCACCGUGACAACCGCGAAGCCUCUUCAAGCCGCCGCGAACCCACAGAGCACACCUUUGAGCUCACAGACAGCAAAUCCAAACCCUGGUGCACACUCAAACUAUACAGCAGCGCUAAAUCCUCCAAAUCUCUACCGACCUUCUUUGAGAAGGAGAAGAUCACCGGAAAGUUGGACUUGGUCGCGGAGAGAGGGGAUAGUAUACAGGCUGUGACCGCUACUGUCACCGGGAGCAUCAUCUCGGGCGCAAGCUCCUCAGAAUCUUUCGUCUUCCUCAACCAGACUCUCCCGAUUUGGUCCAAGUGUCUCGACAUACCACGCGUACCGUCUCCCUCUGAAGGAGCCUCAAGUUCCAAACUCAUCGGACGCUGCGAAUGGCCCCUCUCCAUUCCCCUUCCACGCACCGUUGACAUCCCGACCGCAAGCGGCGAUGUACGCACCUACCGACUCCCUGAAACCUUCCUCGAGCGGUACACGUCCGUGAGCAUCCAAUACAACCUCACGAUCGUCAUCUCGAGGGGCAAGCUUCGCUCUGAUAACGUAAUCAAAACUGCCUUUGGCUACGUUCCGAGCACACGACCGGAGCCUCCAUCUCUGCUCCGCCAACUCGCCUAUCAAGAGAACCUGCCCCUCCCAGACCCAGCUACCGACCCGGAAGGCUGGAAGACACUCCGACCAGUCUCUGUGCGAGGGUUCAUGUUCAAGACACGUCCAGUGGAAGCUCGGUGUACACUCUCGAUAUCCCGCCCACUCUGCUACACCCGCGGCUCCGUCCUCCCCUGCUUCCUCACCCUCGAAGGCCGCGAACCCUCCAUCCUCGACGUCCUCGCCUUCCCCAACGCCCCCACCCUCAAACUCCGCCGCCGCGUCCGCUUCUUCAACCGCAACGCUAGCAGCGCCGCCUCCUCCGGCAAACUCAAAGAAGUAGCCUGGAACGAGAGCGUCGACGACGUCGGGACUGCAGUGUGGUGGCAGCCACCUAAUGCACGCGGGGACGAGUCGGAGUAUGUCAGGCAUUUGGAGGGUGAGAUCAAGUUGACGAAGGACUUGAGGCCUUCUUCGGAGAUUGCACACUUCAGUGUCUCUUACUCUGUCGUCCUUCUCCCAUUCAAAGCCGCAAACUACACCUCCGACUCGACACCUCUUCUCUCCGAGCCACGUAUGACGGCUCAACAUCACGACCACCAGCUACUGGCCAGGUCGACGAGCCCCAUGGAUUUUUCUGCCCCAUGA